AUGCAAACAAACGCGCCUCUGCACUUGACCCCGGAUUCCCUCCGUUUGCAACCAGGCCUCUUUUACUGGAGUACUGCUCGUCUGGCGACCAAUCCGAGUCGUCCCUAUCCCAUGGACAGGCUUUCCGUAUCCCUUGCUCCCGGGCCCGAGGUAGUCUUCCAUUUGAAGCCUGAAGCCGUGCCGCAUAUCAUCGCAAGCACUCUGUUGCGACUUGCGGCUCGUCUGGAUCAACACCAAAUGCCCUCUGUCUCAGCCUUCCAUGUCCUUCAGAAGUUCAGAGACACCGCUAGAGGUCCAAUUGCCCUACGUUCGUACCCAUGUACGAUCACGACGACGUAUAAGAAACUCCGGGUUCUUCUCCCUUUUCACAUUGACCUGAAAUCGCGGACGAAUACGGAUUGGGAAGAGUCUUUGGCGUCAUCCAUGCUCGCUCAGGCACCUUACCUUACUGUUUUGGGGGAUGCAAAGCAAAUCGAUUCCCGAGAAUGCGCAAUAUCGCUCGAGCUGAGCCUCAAGACUUUCCCCCUCUCAUCUCCAAUUCCCGGACAAAUUACUCCAAAACGCAACGGGAUCAAAACAUGUCACGCCUUCGUGCCCCGUACAACAAUAAACAACAGAUCCAGACCUUUCAGAAGCAAACGGAAGCUUCCCGACCGGCUCUAUCCACGCGGUUCCCCGGUUUGUCCCACGAAGCACAUCUCGACCAGUUGGCAAAUCACACAGAGCCAGGUACCCAACAGCGUUUGCGUUCCAUCGCUUUUUUCGUCAACUCUUUUGGAGAGCCCGUCUGCCUGCCCGCCCGCUUCCCUCGAGAGGGAUAGGUGCAGUGGUCCAGUGUACGGAUACUCUGCCAGCCAAGCCCGGCACGGCGCCAGGAACAAAGAUCUGACGUGGCACAUCCUAGUCCGCGAUACCUAUCUCCGAACAACAUCUCAAUAUCCCGCAUUGGGUUCGACUUCACCACCUCCCCCUCCCCCUCUCGCCCCUCCCCAAUUCGAACUUCAGGAUGUUCGUUCCAAGGUCCACAGAAGGCCAUAUAGUGUAAUCGUACAGCAGCCAAAAAAGGGAGUGAACUUGAACCGCGGCUUUCCAUCGUGGAUCUCCGUCGUGGAUCUCGAAAACAACUCGCGACUCCUUUUGUGUCCCGUCGACGUGGCUCAAGUCAAACUCGGGGGAACCGUCGACUCGGACGAAUUAUUCGCAGCGCAAAAUCCGCGUAUGAGUCAACGAGAGCGGGAGGAGAACAUAUGGACCAAUUGUCUUGGUAAUAGACUGGAUAUCUCUACUCCCAUCGCUGAGCGCUUCUACCUACAGACAGCCCAGCGCGAGCUGUUACUCCGGACUAUCACAACAUGGCAAUGGACCCUAUUUGCUUCCCCUUGCAUCGUCCGUCUGCCCCCAUCGAAUCAAUCAAACGCUAUGCUUAUCGGGAUAUUUUUGCCCUACUUGCUGCCAUGUCCUGGAAAAGCUCGGAACUCGUCUGUUCACCAAUGCCCCUAA